GUCUUUUUCGAGCAUUUCUUUUGAAUCACCAUUCGCUGGGGCGACAGCGACGAAGACGAAGACAACAACGAAGACACUGCGACGUCGACACUUGCGACACUCGGGAAGGUGGGGGCAGAGAAAGACGCCGGCCGCAGAGGCUAAAACAUUGGGAGUAUAAAAAUCGUGAACAAUAGAAAAACGAUUAUUAAACGCAAUUGUGCCAGCACUGAGGCAACAGCGGCAGCAGAGCGAAAAAAAACAGUUAACAAAAUGGCUAAACUGCUCCUUGUGAUUUUCGGUGUGGCAGCCCUGGUGGCUGUCGGCCAAACGGCGGCAGGUGCCUCGACACAGCAGCUGCCGCUGCAGCGGCUGAUUGCCGAGGAGCAGAGCAAAUGCGCCAGUGGCCAAGAUUCGAUGGCCUGCAUCAAAGAGCGUGCCAUGCGGUUUGUGGACAGCGUGAUGAGUAAAGACAGCUACACGCUCUCCAACCUGGAAGUACGCUCCAAUGGCCAGAAAAUGAGCCCGAUCAACGAUGCCCGUGCCCGUGCCAGCAGUGCCGAUGGCUUCAUGGAUGCCCUCGAGAACUACAUCCAGGGCCAUGAUGUCAGCAUGAACUUGCCCAUGGCCGAUGCCAAAAUCACAGUCUCGGCUCGCAAUCUAGCCAACGACGAGCUGAGCUUGAAUCUGCAGCUGAACGGAGAUGAUGACGAUAGUGCUGUUGAUGGUGAAGCCAGGGGUAAGAAGGGCAACAUCUUCAAGAAGGGCAAGAAGCACCGUCUCCGCAAGCUGGCCAUGCCCAUUCUGGUUCUCAUCCUGCUGAAGGCCAUCACCGUCAUACCAAUGGCCAUUGGUAUCCUCAAGAUAAAGGCGUUCAACGCUCUAGCCCUGGGCUUCUUCUCUUUCCUAGUCUCGGUUGGUUUGGCCAUUUUCCAAUUGUGCAAAAAGAUUGCCCAUGAUCAUCAUCACACCGCCCACAUCACCGCCCACGGCCCCUGGGAUGGUCGUACAUUUGGCUCCGUUGCCGUCCCCGCCCCAGUUGUGGAGCAGCCCCAGCAGUUGGCCCAGGAAAUGGCCUACAAGGGUUAUGUCUAAGCCGCAAAAACCAGAGAGCGGAGCGGAACUUUGAGGGCCAUAAAAAGUGGGCAGCACAAGAGCGCAAAAUGAUUGUUAAUUGUUAGAAGUUUUUUGAGGCUUUUGUUCCUGACACUUCCCCAGUCCUUUCGACUGGUACCCUUUUAUCCUCCUGCUCUGCUAUCCCUUUUCUUUAGACUUUACAUAUAAUAUUUAUUAACUAUUUAUUGAAAACAAGAAAAUAAGAAAAGAGAGAAGAGAGAAGG